GCAAGCUCUUCUCUCAAUGAGAGAGGUACCAUUUAAACCAACCCUGUUUUUUUCUCUCUAGGAAAACAUAUUCCUCUAGGGAAACUAUUUAAAUCACCAAUCUUCCCUUGUUAAUCUUAUCCCUCUUCAAAAAUUCUACUUGGGUUCCUCUCCCUCCCUCCCUCUCUCUCUCUCUCUCUCUCUCUCUCUCUCUCGCUCUCUCUCUCUCUCAUCUCUCCCUCUGUUCAUUCUCAAAUUUGACCAACUGUGCUGCGAAAGUCCUUUGUGGAUAAAAUUAAAGCUUCCAGCUAUGGACGUCAAACGCCGCAGAAAACAAGCCAAGACUAGCAGCAGUUCCUUCUCUGAAGAGGUAAGCAGCAUCGAGUGGGAGUUCAUACGCAUGACGGAACAAGAAGAAGAUCUCAUUUGUAGAAUGUACAAGCUCGUCGGAGACAGGUGGGGACUAAUAGCCGGGAGGCUUCCGGGCCGGAAAGCAGAAGAAAUAGAGAGGUUCUGGUUAAUGAGACAUGGAGAAGUAUUUGCGAGCAGACGAACAGAGCAGGAGAAGUACCAGCAACCCCAGCAGCUUUGUAGUAUUAAUAACAAGAAUAAGUCUACCAGGAAUAGUAGGAGAUACAAUUUCUGAUUCUGAUCUAUGAUCAUCAUUUUCUAAUGUAUUAAACAGUAGGACUUAGAACCAGUUCAAAGAAAUUUAAUUUGAAAUUCAUGUAUCUUUUCCUUUUUGA